GUUUUAUACCCGGUCACUGCACAUCGAUGGAUGUCGAGGUUGGCAAGCAUUACGUGCUGUUUCUAAAGGGUAAACAAGAAGGUGAUGAUUUUUAUGAGCAAAGUCCCGGUCAGACUGCUGCCCCUAAAAGUAAAUUGAUGGACUACUUGAACGUCUGCGACCUGAAUAUGGAAUAUCCGCAAGAGCAUGGUAUGAUGAUAAACCGACCAGUGUGCCCGCCAGCAAGUAAGCUCGACACAUGUAAACGUCGUGGAGACACGAAACAUCCAGAGGUGGUCACAGUAAAGUCGAAACAACAUGAUAUGCAAGAAAAAGGUGUAUAUUCCGCACAACCUGCAUCUGGAGACGCUAAAGAGAGCAAAGCAGACGACAAUAAUAAUAACAACAACAACGAUUCGAACGCAGUGGUGACGUCAAUAUGUGCAUUAAUCUUCUGCGUUUUAUGUCACUUAAUUUAAUAGAUGAUAUAUAAGUUAAUUAAUUAUGGUACUUUAGCAUAAACUAUAUGGGAACCCCGAUAAGAUGGUAUAUUUGAACUUUACAAAUUAUUUCUGAAACGCUAUCAAGUUGGGGUUUCACGUCUUUAACGUGUUCAAGAAAUAUUUUGUUUGAUCGAUAUGAUCGAUAUUUACAGCAUGCCUUCAGAUUAUUGCUAUAUUUAGAACUAAGAAAUUUCAAUAAUUUGAUGCGCAAAAAUGUAAAUAUUUUUAACGUUUAUAAAAUAUGUAAAAAAUCCAUUUUCCGUUAGUAACGGACUAGAAAUACGCCAGAAUUACUCAUUUGUCGGAAAACCGGAAAGAAAUGUCAUAAAACCAUACGAGUCAGUUAAAGUUUGCAUCCAACGUGUAAAAAGCUCAUCUUUAUCGUAAAACAGAUAUAUUCUUACAUAUUAUGCUGUGAUUUUUUUUUCAACCCACAUUGCGCAUGCGCGAAGAAAUAACUAUAUCCGGUAAAAUUCAUGACAACCAAUGGCAUUGUAAAAAUUAUAAGUGUUCAUGUAAUUCUUAUGCAACGUUCAAUAUUAUGUUUAAUAUUUCUUACAUACAAACAUAUAUUUUAGAAGAUAGUUUUUGAAAAUGAUAUAUAAUUAUCAAGUUGCUUGCAGCUUUAAUUGGCGAUGUUGUAAUAAAAAUAUUGAAGUUUGGUAGUAUAUGAAAUUGCAUUUUAGUAUUUCUUUUUAGUCCUUGAUGUUAUAAAUAGUUCUUGUAUUCUUAUUGUUCUUCUUUGAGUCAUUCUAAAUUACGAAUUUGAUGAUCAGUUUUCAUUGUGCUUAAACACAGGGACCAUGUUUGUAAUUUAAGAUUGUGUUGAUUGAUAAUUAAGCUAGUUUUCUUGAAAGAACUUUAUGAGUAUAUAUAAAUUAUUGCAAAUUCACCUGAUAGUCCCUGCAUUAAAAGCGUUUAACCAUGUACAGCGUGAAAACUGUCGAGAACCAGUUCCGAUUAUUGAAAUGGCUUUCCUCAAGGUUUUUUUUAAGUCGAUAGUCAUUUGUUUCAUUUUUCUUAUUUUUGCAUCUCCACAAGAAUUAUCUUUGAUAUAUCAGAUUGGCCCCUUCCCAACUCUAUUAAUUAUUUUUACUCAAAGUCGCCUGGCUAAUAACUGCAAUAUCGUUGCAUCUGAAACAGGCUUUCGUUUUCGAGACAAUAGUUACAUCCUUUUAAAGCCAAUGAUUCGCUUUUGUAUAUGUAUAUGUGACAAAGUAUAUACAUGUAAAACGAAGCUCUUUUUGUUUUGUGGAAAAAAAUGUCCUUUUUAACCCAAUUAAUCGCUUUUAUUUUUAUGUUUGUGAUGAGGAAGCCAUCAAUUCUUAUAAAAACGCUUUUAUUUUUGUGACAAGAAAUCCUUUUUUAAUCAUAUGAAGAGAUGUGUGUUUGUGACAAAGCAUUCUUUUUAUUCUUACAAAGCGCUUUUUUUUGUGACAUUUUUUAUAUAAAGGGGAAAAAUGUCUCUUUCAGCCGAUUGAAUCGCUUUUACUUUUGUGUUUGUGACAAAGUAAUCAUUCAUUCUUAUGAACCGCUUUUAUUUUACUGACAAAGUAUUCUUUUUAAUCUUAUGAAAUGCUUUGUUUCUAAGUCAGAACAUCCUUUUUAUGCAUAUGAAGAAAUUUUGUCUUUGUGAUUAACCAAAUUAAGCGUUUUUUUUAUUUUUGUGAUAAAAACAUACCUUUUUAUAUAAUUAUGAAGCUGUCUUCGAUUUUGUGUGACAUUUUCUAUUCCUAUGAUACGCUUUUACUGUUGUGUAUGUGACACAGUAUUCAUUCAUUCUUAUGGAGAGCUUUUAUUUUGUGACAAAGUAUCCUAUAUGUUCAUAUAGAGCGCUUUUGUUUCUUUUGAUUACCUAUUGAAGCGCUUUUAUUUAAAUUGUUGCAAAAUGUGCUGUUUAACCAAAUGAUGCGCUUUUAUACAUGUGUUUGUGACAAGUAUUCAUCCAUACCUAUGAAGCGCUUUUAUUUUUGUGACAAAUUUCCUUUUUAUAUUCACAAUAUGUGGCAUAGUGUCUAGUUUAUCCUUUUUAUAUUUGUAUACCAAAUAUGUACUCUAAAAUUCAUGACAGUAUUAAAUGAGCUUUGCAAUAGAAUUAUACAUGUGUACUAUUUUGUAAAAUGUUGUGUGAAUAAAGUAUAUUAAAUUCGAAGAAAUAAGAUGUAUUUUGUCAUUGGUGUUUGGA